CAUGGCCUUCACCUCCUGGGCUGUGCACCUGUGAAUGGAAUGGGUUCCUCAGGAGCAUCUGUCAGUGCCAUUGAAUGAUCCCACCCACUCGGGCUUUUUGGAGGGGUCAGGGUCAGAGGUUUACCUGUCAACUUCUCAUUAGGGAGACAAGGAUGAUAACUACAGACACAUAAGAAGAGGAUUGCUGGACAAUGGCAGUUUUUGAUACCCCACAAGAAGCGUUCGGGAUCUUGCGCCCAGUUUGUGUACAGCUAACAAAGGUGCAGACUACUGAGAAUGUGGAACGCUUGCAAGCUCAGCUGCAGACAGUCAGUGACUCUGCCCUGCAGGAACUGCAGGAGUACGUCCUUUUCCCAUUGAGGUUCGCCCUGAAGACCCCAGGACCCAAACGGGAGAGUCUUGUCCAGAGUGUGGUGCAGUGCAUCACGUCUAUCCUUUCAACAACAUGUGUGAAGAAGCAGGACCUCCUUCAGGAGCUUUUUUCUGAGCUCUGCCUGUGUCUAUCUUCUCCAUCUGGUUUGCAGCCACCAGCCCCGCUAUCAGAGGAAUUAAAACUGACUGUAAUCCAAGCACUCCAUGUCCUGCUGCAUUCAGCUUAUGGGGACAUUAUCCUGACUUUGUAUCAGCCUUCUACCCUUCCUCACCUAGGAUUUGCUGUAUCUUUGCUUUUGGCCUUGGCAGAACAAGAGAAAGCAAAGCAAAUUAAGCUGGCUGCCUUAAAGUGUUUACAGGUCCUAAUCCUGCAGUGUGACUGCCAGGAGCAUCAUAGACCCCUAGACACGGUUGAAACAAGACAAUGUGGGGAUUUGUUUGCUUCUUUUCUACCUGGGAUCUCUAUUGCCCUGUCCCGGGUUAUUACCGGAGACAUCAAACAAGGUCAUAUGGUCACUGUUUCUGCCAUCAGGCUCUUUUAUCAAACUGUCUGCUUGGUAAUGGCAGAUGAACAACUAGCCACAAUCACACAGGAUGAAGAGAAGCCUUCAGUAGAACAAAGCAGACUGUCUGAGCUUGUGGUCCAUAGAGGACCGGACUGGGUAAAAAGCACUGCAGACAAAUUGUCUCUCCUUAUCCACAAGAUAGUUGAAUUUGCUUCUCUUCACCCUCACUGGAAGGUCAGGAUGGAAUUGGUGGAGCUGGUCCAUCUCCUUAUGUUGAAGUGCAGUCAGUCACUGGUGGAAUCAGUUGGUCACCUGUUAAAAGCCGCGGUUGGGCUUGUUAAUGAUGAAAGCAAUGAGGUCCAAAGCAAGUGUCAUGAGAUUCUCAGGAGCAUUGCGGAGCUGAGAACAGUAGCUGAGAACAGGGAUCUUGCUGAUGUUCUGUCAGAGAAUCUGCAUUCCCUUGCCACAGCCCUUCCACGUCUGAUGAACUCCCAGGAUGAUCAAGGCAAGUUCUCUACCUUGAGCUUAUUACUCGGCUCCCUGAAGUUGCUGGGCCCCAAGGUGAGCAUUGUGCUCAACUCUGCAGCCCACCUCCAGCGUCUCUCCAAAGCCCUGAUGCAAGUUCUGGAGCUGGAUGUAGCUGAUGUGAAGAUUGUUGAAGAAAGACGUUGGGGCCCUGAAGACUCUCUAGGUGAGCCCUUGGGUUCCUUGCAGCAUGGCAAAGGUCAGAAGAAAUACUUCCGGUUCUUCAUUGAUGAGCGGAUUUUCUUGCUCAUUCAGCAGGUUUGCCGGGUACUUGGCUACUAUGGGAACCUCUACUUGCUAGUGGAUCAUUUCAUGGGGCUAUACAACGAAUCUGUUGUGUACCGGAAGCAAGCUGCCAUGGUCCUCAAUGAGUUGAUCACAGGAGCUGCUGGACUGGGGGUAGAUGUUCUUCAUGAAAGGGAAACUGCAGUGAGCACGGAAGACCUUAAAGGGACCAUAACAUCCAUCCUCGAAGAAUAUACUGACCAGGCAAACUGGUAUUUGACCACCAGCAUUGACACUGAGGGAACCAGCGAUGAGUUAACUGUGAAACAUUCAAGAGUACGCACUAUCCCAAGAGGUGCACACAGCAGUUCUUUGAUUUCAUCCUCCUCCCCUUCUUCAGACCCAAACCCAACCAUCCGCUCCAUGAACAGCAAUAUCUGGCAGAUCUGCAUCCAGCUGGAGGGGGUUGGCUGCUUUGCGUAUGUGCUGGGGAAAGAGUUCCGCUUGCUUCUAGCAUCAGUCCUCUACCCUGUGCUUGAAAAGGCCGGGGACAGCACUCUGGUCAUUAGUCAGACGGCAACGGGAACCAUGGUGGAUGUCUGCCAUGCCUGUGGCUAUGACUCCGUGCAAAAUCUGAUUAAUGCUAACUCGGACUAUCUGGUGAAUGGGAUUUCCCUAAACCUGCGUCGGGUGGCACAUCAGCCUCACGCCUCGCGGGUCCUGGAGGCCAUGCUCAGGCAUUCGGAUGCCAGCCUGCUCCCACUGGUGGAGGAUGUGAUCCGAGAUGUCCUGUCUGCCCUUGAUCAGUUUUAUGACGACCGAGCUUCCUCCUUCCUUGGGGUCCUGUCCACAUUAGUGGCAGCUUUAGUGCAGUGGUUCGUGGUGGUGAAGGGUAAGGAGCACCCACAAGAGCAGAAUCUAGAGCAGCAGAGGAAGCAGGGGAAAGGGUCUGUAAUUACCCCCAUGGUGCAAGAAGUGGAACAGUUCUUCCUGGACUACAUCAAACAGAAGCAGAUUGCAGAGGGCAACCUUCCAGCCACGGAGGAGGAGGAAGAGGAGGUGCAGGCCCCCCCUCCUGAGCCUGAGAUGGACGACUCCGGUGCGGAGGGAGAGACUCCAUUGCCAGCCCAUGCCCAGAUAGCAAAGGAUGUGAUGGAGAGAUGUAUCCACUUACUGUCUGACAAGAGUCUGCGGGUGCGGCUGAAGGUCCUGGACGUGCUGGAGUUCUGCGUGAUUGUGCUGCAUCUUCAUGAAAGCCAUCUGCUUCCCAUGGCUCAUCGCGCCUGGCCGGCUCUCGUCACCCGGCUGAUUAACGACGACCCGCUGGUGGUGCUCAGAGCCUUCAAGGUGCUAUGUACCCUGGCCGAGAAGUGUGGCGAUUUCCUGAGGCGACGAUUCUCCAAAGACGUCCUGCCCAAGCUGGCCGGUUCCCUUGUCACCCAGGCUCCAGUCAGUGCCAGAGCCGGACCCAUGUACAGCCAUACUCUUGCCUUCAAGUUACAGCUGGCCGUGCUGCAGGGGCUGGGUUCGCUGUGUGAGAAACUGGACUUGGGCGAGAGUGACCUGAAUAAAGUAGCAGAUGCCUGUCUGAUUUACCUCAGUGCCAAACAACCCGUGAAACUGCAAGAGGCCGCCCGGAGCGUUUUCCUCCAUUUGAUGUGUGUGGACCCUGACGCCACCUGGCUCCUGCUGAACCAGAUCUGCUGCCUUCUCCCGUAUGAGCCCCCCCACCCCAGCCUCCAGCCGGUGAAGCUAGGCGGGAUGGGGAGGCAACGGACCGAAUUCACCGACAACGUGCUGGGCCUGCUGGGUGAGCUGCAGCGACGGGAGACAGCGGCGUUUCAAGCCGGGCCCUGAGAGGCACCUGAGCCACAACCCCCCUCGCUGACCGAGGCACUGGGAUAGCGGCCGGGGGAAGCGAGAAACGGCUGGUGUAAAUGCAGUGCUGUCUAGGAAUGUCCCAUCGCCUCAGACUGAAUCACUGCGGAGGAAGAUGAGAGCUGCUCCAGGACUGAGACCCGGCUCCCUGAGGGCAGAGUUGACAAAGGCAUUUGAGGGCGAGUUAGAUAUAGCACACGCCGGGCCUGCACUCCCCUGCACACACGUGGGGCCAAAGGGGCACGUGCAUCUCAGGCUCUUUUGUGGCUAAAGAAGGAGAUUGUCAAGACGCUCCCGUCCCUAUUAUCAAAACGCUGGGCUGCUGCCUGCAGUCCCUGGCAGAAUGCCCCUGCCAGUGCUGCCCCAAGCCAGAGAAUGCAAUUGCAUCUCUCCCCUGCUUCCAACUGCUUCCCUCCCCUUCCUCCCCCCACCGUACACGCACAUCCCCUUCUUCACUGAUUAUAAAUGAUAGCCUGAAAACUUGAAUUGAAAUUUCCUCCCCUUGCUGACCGGAACUUCUCCAAUAUGGCAGAUACUUCUUUGGGGUUAGAACUCUGUCUCUAGCAGUGCUUCGUAUUAAACAAUUUAAAUAAAAUCAUGUUUCAAAGGAAAUCCCUCACCUGCGCUUCUGGUAAGAGCUGAGAUGAUCAAACCAGCAGAGAUUUUCCUAAAGUCCCUUUUAGCAGCAUUGGGGUAGUUUAUAUUUUGCAGUUCACUCACUUGGGGCAAUAAAACGAGACUGGCAGGUUUUACUUCCCAGGUCUCUUCCUAGAUUUUUCAGGGCAGAAGGGACCAUUCUGAUCAUUUUGUCCUGUGGUUUGUGGAACCCUGGGGGUCCACAGACUAGGUCUAAGAUUUCCAAAGGGGUUCACGUCUCCAGUCGAAAUUUUUUAUGGGUCCACAAAUGUAAAAAGGUUGAAAACUACUGAUCUAAUCUGACCUGCAUUGCAGGCCAGAGAACAUCACCCAGUCAUUUCUGCAUCAAGCCCAUAACUUGUGGUUGAGCUACAGCAGAUGUGUUAGAAAAAUAUCCAGUCUCGACUUAAAGAUGGCAAGUGUUUAAGGAUCCCUACAGCCCUGGGUGAGUUGUUCUGACGGUUAAUCACCCUGCCCUUUAAAACACGGGGGGAUAUUUCUAGUCUGAAUUUGUCUAGCAUCAGCUUCCAGCCCUUGAAUGUCGUUAGGCCUUUUUCUGCUAAAUAGCCAUCGCCGCGUCGCAGACUCUUCCCCAAGUAGGCUACGUGUAGACUGUGAUCAAGUCACUAUUUCGCCUUCCCUUGGAUAAACUAAAGUGAGCAUCUUAAGGCGCUCACCAUAAGGCCUGUUUUCAGACCUCAAAUCAUUCUUGUAAUUCUUUUGUGCAUCCCUUUAAAUAUUUCAGCAUCCUGAGCUAUGGGUCCUGGGUAGGCUCUUUGUAGUUCAAGUAUAGCACAGUGGUGCUCACUAUUUUAUGGCACCUGGAAGUGCUGUUUGUGCACCGAGGGUUGUACCAUUUCUGCAACGCAUCCCCAAGUGUUGUUUUGUUUGCUUGCACGGGUAUUGCCUGUAGGCAGCAGCUAGACUGCAGAAAUGAUUCUUAAUCAGAAAGACUCAGGCUUUUCAAAGGAAAAAAUUGAACAUUACUGACGAUACAAACUGCAUCACAGCUGACACUGAGCAUUCAGAAACAGCAUGCAGAUUCCCUGCAAGCACCGUACUACAUCCCACAUUCUGUUACCAUGAGAGGAGGAGAUGGAGGAGAGACGUAAGAUUCAGAGAGGCAAAAACAGGUGUAGUUUAAGCAGGGAAAGGAACGUGGCUAAGGCCUUGUUAUGUUUCCCCUUGGGCCUACACUACUGCACUAGCCCAGUGAUGCAGUGUUUAGGUUCACAGCAUCGCAGGCAGACAUUAAAACAAGAGGAAAGACCUGUUGCAGUAAUAAAAAACAGAACAAAACCUUUUGGACUCAUGUUGGGUUUUGUACACUAUUUUUUCUUAAACCUAAAUUUGGCAGCUAGACCAAUGAGUGGCAAUUAACCCAGUGAUAUGGGUGAAUAUCACUCACAGCCUAGUUUGAACCUCAUUUUUUUGCUGAUGAUGUUGCUUGGGGUCUGGCUUCAAACAUAGAAACUACACCCAGCAUUAGCUGGUUUUUCUGCACCAUUAAUUCGUUAGGAAAUAAAAUGCUAUACAAUA